UAGCUCCUACACAAGUUGAGUCUGUGCAAGUUUCUGGUGGGAGUGGUUCUCUACAUUUUUAAUUUGCAAAUCCAAGUUGAAACCGCAGUCGGUGGUAACCUGCCGAAGAAGUCACAAAAUGCAUCGUUACGUUUCGUUUUUAACCGUUUGCGGUGCGUUCGCGAUCAGUUCAGCGAUAGCACCUCUCGAAGAACUCUUCUCGUGGAAUCAAAUCGAUUAUACAUGGCCCAGUUUGGAACAAAGACAAGACGCAAUCUCAAAAGGAACUUUCGCACCGGAAAAUAAUUUGCCCUUAGGUUUGGAAAAAUGGAAUGAUAAACUUUUCGUUACAGUACCCAGAUGGAAAUCUGGUGUUGGAUCAUCGUUAAAUUACAUUUCAUUGAAACAACCGAUUGAUAAAUCAAGUUUUCUUAUACCGUAUCCAAGUUGGGAGGCAAAUACAAUUCCUUCAAAUAAAACAGAUUUAAAGCCGGAUCAUAUCAUUUCGACGUUUCGAAUUAAAUCGGACGUUUGCGACAGACUUUGGGUUAUGGAUACCGGAGUUGAUGAUAUUUUAGGAAGUUAUAACGUCGUCGCAAGUCCCGCUAUAGUCAUUUUUGAUUUAAAAACCGAUACUUUGAUUAAACGAUAUGAGUUGAAAAAGGAUGAUGCUAAAGAUUCUUCGUUCUUCGCUAACAUAGUUGUAGAUGUUGACAAAGAUAACUGUAACGAUGCUUACGCAUAUAUUCCGGAUUUAGGUGGUUACGGAAUUGUAAUUUACUCAUUAGCAUCGGAUGAUUCUUGGCGUGUCGAACAUAACUUUUUCCACUUUGAUCCUUUGCAAGGUGAUUUAACUGUGGGUGGAGUUAAUUUCCAUUGGACUGAUGGAGUUUUUGGAAUUGCCUUAUCGAAUAAAUUAGAAAAUGGACAUAGAACGGCGUUUUUCCAUUCGUUGGCUAGCACGAAAGAAUUUGGAGUAUGUACGAGCAUUUUAAAGAAUAAAACUGCAGCUACAACUCCUGGAAAUUAUUACGCUUUUAAAGUGCUCGGUGAUAAAGGAGAUGAUUCGCAAACUUCAGCAAGCGAUUUCGAUCCAAACUCAGAAGUUUUAUUCUUUACACAAUUGCAAAAAGACGGUGUUGCUUGUUGGAAUACAAAAAAAGCUUUGGCACCGGAAAAUGUUGCUUUGGUAGCUGAAGACGGUGAAAGAUUAGUGUUUACUAAUGAUAUAAAGUUGGCUAGAGAUGAACCUUAUUUGUAUAUUCUUUCGGAUAGAAUGCCUGAAUUUCUUUAUGGAAAAUUGGAUCAAUCAAAAAUUAAUUACAGGAUAUUUAGGCUGAAUGUAAAUGAAGCGAUUAAAGGAACUCCUUGUGCUGGUUAAAAAUAUACUUAAUAAUUUUAGUUAUUAACAUAAACUUGUAAUCAUAAAUAUAUAAAAAAUAAAAAAUCA